AUGGCGGUCCACUAUAUAGAAAUACAUGGGUUCUCAGACGAGAAGGAAAUUGCUAUAAGUGAGUUGGCUGUCAAAGCUCUGAAUUUAGAUGGCCUGGAUUCUUAUCACAGAUUCUUGAGUCUUUUCCCCUUUAUGAUAUUUAUUGAAGAUAGAAUAGCUGAAGAAGCAGUGAAAAACAAGAUUAUUGUGAAGCAGGAGCCCAAGCUCAUAGUGGAGAACCGUGUCGUGAAUCUUAGCUGCAACUAUACUAACAACCUCUUUUCAAAGGAGUUCCAAGCCACCCUUUAUAAGGGAGUUAACAGUAAUGAGGAAGUAUGUACUGUGAACGGGAAUUUUUCCCAUGAGUAUCAAUUUCUUUCAAAACUCAAAGGAUUGAACUGUGAUGGGACCAUGGACAAUGAAACAGUGACGUUCCGCCUCUGGAAUUUGUCUGCUAAUCACACAGAUAUUUACUUCUGCAAAAUUGAAGUCAUGUACCCUCCUCCUUAUAUACGUAAUGAGAACAACAAUGGAACCAUUAUCCACGUGAAAGAGAAACAUUUUUGUCCACAGCCCCCAAUUCCCGAGUCCUCUCAGCCCUUCUGGGUACUGGUGGUGGUUCUUGGAGUCCUGAGCUUCUAUAGCCUGAUAAUAACAGUGGCCCUGGCAGCUUAUUGGACGAAGACUAACAAGAACAGGAUCCUCCAGAGUGACUAUAUGAACACCACUCCGCGGAGGCCUGGGCCCACCCGUAAACACUACCAGCCUUAUGCCCCAUCCAGAGACUUCGCAGCCUACCGCUCCUGA